CGACCUUGCGGGUUUGUCUGGUCGCGUCUCCGCUGCUCCCGGUCCGCCUGCCCCUCACUCGCCGGGAAGAUGGCUGCCGUACGCCGGGCCCGCAGUUACUCCCGCUGCGUGGUGCGCUUCUCCGACCGAGAACUCUGCUAAUUUCCUCCCGCGGGGAGGACACAGGGACCGAGCAGGGGGGGCAGAGACCCCCGGGACGGGACAGCGCCGCCCGAGCGUUGGCAGCAUGGCAGAAGCUGAAGAAGAUUGUCACUCCGAUUUGGUACGAACUGAUGACAAUGAAAGAUCCAGUGAAGCAAAUCUUCAGGCAGAGCUCCAGAUGUUCAGAGCUCAGUGGAUGUUUGAACUUGCCCCAGGUGUGAGUUCUAGUGGGUUGGAACCUCUGCCAUGCAGAGCAUCUUCAAGAGGACCUGGAGUAAAGUCUACAGACUCCAGAGGGAAACAGGAGAUAGCAACAGAGGAAAAGGCAAAGGAACUUUUCCUGAAGGCAGUGGAAGAAGAACAAAAUGGGGCCCUUUAUGAAGCCAUCAAAUUUUAUCGUCUGGCCAUGCAGCUUGUACCUGACAUAGAGUUUAAGAUCACCUAUACACGAUCCCCAGAUGGUGAUGGAGUUGCAAAGAGGUGUGUUGAGGAUAACAAAGAGGAUGGCAAAAUGGCUGAUCUCCUAUCGGAUUUCCAGCAGCAGCUAACUCUUCAGGAAUCUUCAGUGAAACUUUGUCAGCCUGAGGUUGAUGUCAGCCAGACCCAUAUCUCAGCAUUGCCUAUGGAAGUACUAAUGUACAUUUUCCGAUGGGUGGUUUCAAGCGACCUGGACCUGAGAUCAUUAGAGCAAUUAUCUCUUGUCUGUAGAGGAUUUUACAUUUGUGCCAGAGAUCCCGAAAUUUGGCGUCAAGUUUGUUUGAAAAUAUGGGGCAGGAGCUGCAAUAAACUUGUUCCCUAUGCCUCUUGGAGGGAAAUGUUUCUGGAGAGGCCUCGUGUUCGAUUUGAUGGCGUGUAUGUCAGCAAGACAAAAUACAUACGUCAAGGAGAACAAUCUCUUGAUGGUUUCUAUAGAGCGUGGCACCAAGUGGAAUAUUACAGGUAUUUGCGAUUCUUUCCAGAUGGUCAAGUUAUGAUGCUAACAACUCCUGAAGACCCUCAGUCUAUAGUUCCUCGCUUACGGACUAAAAAUACAAGAACAGAUGCAAUCUUGCUUGGCCAUUAUCGCCUUUCCCAAGAAACAGACAAUCAAACCAAAGUAUUUGCUGUAAUAAUGAAGAAAAAGGAUGAGAAACCAAUUGACUACCACAAGUACAGGUAUUUCCGCCGUGUUCCUGCACAAGAAACAGAUCACAGUUUUCAUGUAGGACUGCAGCUGUGCUCCAGUGGGCGCCAGAGGUUCAACAAACUUGUCUGGAUACAUCAUUCUUGUCACGUAACUUACAGGUCAACUGGUGAGACAGCUGUUACUGCUUUCGACAUUGACAAGAUGUACACCCCUCUGUUCUUUGCACGAGUGAAGAGUUUUACUGCAUUUUCAGAAAAGCCGCUCUAAGAAACACCUUUUCCUCUCACAAGUCUUGCAUGAAUGAAAGGUUGUAGUUGAUGAGCACUUAAGUUAUAAAUGUGUAUAUACUUGGAACAUUUUAAAAUUCUGGAGAAUUUUUUUGAAGGUAGUAUGUUUUAUUUGAUUGUGAAUGGCUGGGGUUUUGUUUUGAGAUCAAGCUUAUGAGUAUUAAAACACCUUUACUUGGUGACAAGAAUUUGAUAACAAAUGGUUUGAUUUGUUUAAUUGUGGGGUUUUGUUUUAUUUUGUUUUUUAACAGAUUUUAUAAAUCAGUCUGCUUAAAAUGUCAGCCUUCAUCUGCCAGGACAGUAGUUUGUUACAGGAAAAUCUCACUGUUCAUGGAACACUGUGGGGUCUCUGUUGAAGGCUUGAAUUGUGAAGGGAAGAAAGUUGUCUUACAUCUGUUAAACUAUGUGACUUAAAAGAACUUCAAAUAAAUGUUUUCUUUAAAUUAAACUUCCUCUGUUUGCCUUUAAGAUCUGGCAUUUUGUCAAUAUCUAACCUUAAGAAAAAGCAAUCAAGGGCAAGCUAGC